AUGCUCAUCGAAUCGGAAGUGCUUCUCAAUGGGACCAGCAACGCGACGCGCCGCCCUUCUUUUGUCUUUCUCAUACACCAUCCAGUCUCGAACGAGUACCUCUUGUGGGACUUGGGCAUUCGCAAGGAGUUUGAGCUGGAUUAUCCACACCCUUCCUUUGCCUACUUUCAGACGCAUUUUGAAGAAGAUGUUUCUGAUACACUGGCAUCGAUCGGUAUAAAGGCGUCCCAGAUCUCCAAGGUUCUCAUUUCGCAUAAGCACUGGGACCAUACGGGCAAUCCCGCCCCCUAUAACAAUGCCACGUUCUACAUCGGCGCCAAGGACGUGUCCGAGGUUGCGACCCUCAAAGGCAGCGAGCGUGUCAUGUCGUACCGUGCGCACUGGGAGGACGAGUCAAUUCCGCCCUCACACUCGUUCAACGAAGAUGUUGCCCAGUCUGAGACACAUCUCAGCCGCAUGAGGGCCUGCGAAGCAUCGAAAGACAUCCAGGUUGUCAUUGCACAUGACGAGGCAAAGUGGAAGGACUGGUUCGGGGGUGAAAACUAUGGAUUAGGGCCAGAGCUUGGCAAAGUCUGA